AUGCACGAUCCGAGGGAUGGAUACAAAUGUUUUCGCCAAUGCGGUCGUCUAUUCACAUCAAUUAAAAGCCUUAAAAAACAUGUGCUAUCUUGCAAGGAAAAUAAUACUGCGGAGCUACCAAAGGAAGAUUUGAAACAUCCCGAACAUGCAGUAAAACACGAAGAGAAAAACAUAUCUGAAAAUCUCAAAAACUUCUCAUUACCAUGCCAGCAUAUCGAAAACGAGAAUCAAGUUCAGGUCAGGAAUAUCGAUCAGUAUGAUGCAAGCGAUUCAAGUCUAAAAAUGACCUUGAAAUGGCUCAGCGAGGACGGAUUAUCAAGGAAAAUCGCAUUUGAUAUUAACAAGGACGUGAAAUUGAAUGUUAUCGAGCCUUUGCACACACUGAUCAACGACCUACAAUCCUCCGGAGCUAUGUCGCUGGAGUGUAAGCGAUCCAUUGAUUCACUUCUUGCAAAUUUCAACUGUACCAGCGAACACAAAUUUAUACAACAUUUAAAAACCCGAGACCUGUACGAAAAUCCAUCGUUUUUCACAAUACAUGAAGAACUACAAGAGUGUUCAGAAGAUCAGCUGCAUCAACAGCUUCAUCGUAUACAAGGUGUACUGAUGCCAAUCAAAUUCAUGCUACGAAAGUAUCUGGAGAUGGAUGGAGUUCUAGAGACAAUCCUAAACAAUCUUAAGCUGUCAAGAGAUGGAUCGAUUCGUACUCUUGUCGACGGUUCCAUAUGGCAAGAGAGGACCUCGAGUAUGUGCUGCAAAACUGUAGUUCCAAUUAAUAUUUAUUUCGACGAUUUUACCACGAGCGACACGUCUUCUUGUCAUUCGAAGUCAACGUCAAUCUGUGCAAUCUAUCUUAACCUGCCAAGUUUAUCGGGAUACGCCCUUGGUAAAUUAAGCAAUAUUCUUACAGUAGGCUACCUAAAAACGGAGGAUAGAAAACAGCAUAGUAAUGAUAAAAUCUUAUCAAAACUAGUAGAGCUAUUGAUACAGCUAGAGGAAGAUGGAUUAGAAAUAAAAUAUCAAGGAGAAAAAAGAAAAGUUUAUUUUGUGUUGGGGUUUGUUCUAGGCGACAAUUUAGGUGUCAACGGUAUUUUGGACUACGUAGAAAGUUUUAGAGCAAACUAUUUCUGUAGGGUCUGCAAGAGAAUACGCGUUCAAACUGAGGUCGAUGCUAAAGAAUACCCGAAAGUGUUUAGAACAAUAGAUGGCUAUGAUCGCGAUAUCGAGCUGAAUGAUGUUUCCAGAACAGGAAUCAAAUCUCCUAGCAUAUUCAAUAAAAUUCCCUCCUAUCACGUUACAUACAACUUUGUCUUUGACAUAAUGCACGACAUUUUCGAAGGAGUUGGUGUAUAUGAUCUCCAACAUAUUUUGCAUCAUUUUAUUUACGUCGAACGAUACUUUAAUAUUAGUGAUUUUAAUGAAAGCAAAAACUACAUAAUGAAACAAGAUUAUCAGUGUGGCAAUAUUAUCCAUGAUAUUUCGGAGCAUCAGAUUAAAACGAAGAAAAUUAAGUGCACAGCAAGUGAGAUGAAGAUUUUAAUAACACUUUUUCCGUUGAUUGUUGGCCCUUUUGUACCUAAGAACGACAAAGUAUGGAAACUUGCCAACAGUUUAGUACAAAUUGUGCACAUUGUACUGUUAAGAGAAGUCCCAUAUGUUUUGAUAAAGGAGUUACGAAAGCUUAUCCACUUCCAUCAUGAUCAAUACGUAAAAUUGUUCAAUGACACUCUUAAACCUAAGCACCAUAAUAUGGUGCAUUACCCGACUGCUAUCCUAAAAGGAGGAGCCCUUCGAUCACAUUGGUCAAUGCGGUUUGAAUCAAAGCAUAGGGAAUCGAAAUCCUACUGUAAGAUUAAUAGCAAUAGAAUCAACACAUGUUUAUCAUUGGCCAUCAAAGCUAACUUCAAAUUCGCUUAUAAUUGUGUCAGUAACAGCUUUUUGCCUUCUCUGCUCUCGUAUGAAAAAACGCAAAUUGAAAGAAGACAAUUUCAUUUGGAUCACGCAUUGUAUGUCAAUUCAGAGCUGCAUAACGUAGAUAUAUCUUCCGUUCAAUUUAUACGAUCGUUUGUGAAAUGCGGUUUGGUUUACAAAUUAGGGACGAUUGUUUGCGUCAGAAAUGCUGAUAGUGUUGAUAUUGUUAAAAUAAUUGAAAUAUUUUUGAGCAAAAAUGACGAUCCACUCAUGCUGUGUGAGAGAUAUGAAGCUAAAGGUUUUGUUGAUCACCUACAAUCUUUUGAAGUAGAAACAACAGCGUCAAUCACAGUGAUCAGUAAUAUAGAAACCAUCGAUACAAUGCCAAUCAGUUUAUACAUUGUAAAUGAAAAAUCUUAUUACAGGGUUUGUAAUUACUAUAAAUUCAACGACAUUUGAUCGAAGAACUGUAAAAUAUAUACAAUUUGUAAUCAUUUAAAAAAAACUAUUAAAUACAUAGAACAAUAACAAUGA